AUGCCAAUGGGAACCCUGCCAGUCCGCUACUUGGGAGUCCCUCUGCAGCUUCUACCUGUGGAAAGGAAAUUUGGAGGGUCAUCACUCGGCCAGGGUAGCCUGUCAGGAUCAGUCUGGGUUGCCUGGUUCACACGAGAGAAAUUGAAUGGCAACGUGAGCAACUUCUGGACGGUCAAGCCACAUCGAGACAACUCUUGGUUGGCAAAUAAAAUGAUCAAGAUAAGGGAGGAUAUUUACCUUUGGAUUAAGCUGAGAAUUGGGAAUGGAACUCGUUGUAGAUUUUGGUCAGACAACUGGUCGCCUUUUGGAAAUUUAAGGCAAUUCCUGAAGGAACCAGGAAAUUCACGGCUUGGCAUAUCAGAAAAAGCAACCCUAGCGAGCUUGUUCCGAUCAAAUUCAUGGCGCAUUCCGCCUGCACGAUCAGAUAGCCAGGUUAGCUUGCACAUUCAUCUUACUACUGUCAUCCUCAAUGAUCGCGAAGAUGUCUAUGAGUGGGAAAUGGACGGAAAAACUAUAUGCAAAUGCCCAACUAGGGAUCGAUUACUGAGCUGGGGACUUCAAACAGACGCUAACUGCCUGCUUUGCAACACAGGCACUGAGUCAAGGGACCACCUUCUCUUCGAGUGCCCGACAAGCUGGUCGGUAUGGAAUAUUCAGGCGACACGAUGUAAUCUUCAGGCGGCAAGAGGCUGGACGGAUUCGCUAAACCAGAUGCAAAGCCUCUCCUUGGGGAAGCUGGGAAACAGACUGGCGCGACUAGCUUGGCAGGCUUCGAUUUACUGGCUGUGGCAUGAGAGAAACGAGAGACUCCAUCGCCAAAUAUUCUGCUCUGUUGACUCGAUCAACGCAAAGAUAGAUCGCCAGAUCCGUAACAGAAUAGCCAGCCUCAGAGAUGGGAAUCCUAACCAAGCAUCAAACCUCCUGCAGCUAUGGCUCUCGACGGAGGUUGCGAGAUGA